GACUAAUACAUUCGAUCGAGGAAAGCAUGUUGUCAGAAGAUGGAUAGCUUCGCCCUGUGGGCCGUAUAGGCGCCUUGUAGUUCAUGUUUAAGUCCGUAAGAUCCGCAUUUCGAACGAAUUAUCACGGAAGUCGUAGGACAGUCUCAUACAUUCUUAUGUAUAUAUAGGCUUACGGGCACGACUCACAUGCAUGCGGUUCACCUCUAAAUAAGACACCCCAAUAAUCCAAACUCGGCGGUCAAGACCACUAUCGAUAACAACAAUGAGUUCCAAUAAACGAAUCAUACUCAUCACAGGCGCCAACAAUGGCAUCGGUUUCGAGACCGCUGCUGCCCUCGCUACGGCGUCUUCCAAAAACCAUGUCCUCGUAGCCGCUCGAUCGCGUUCCAAAGGCGAACAGGCAAUCAAGAACAUCCAGGCCCGCAAUCCCGUCGGCACGCUCAGCCUUGUCGAGCUCGACGUCACUAGCGAUGCCUCCAUUGCUGCCGCUGCAAAGCAGAUUGAAACGGAAUUUGGCCGUCUCGAUGUCCUCGUCAACAACGCCGGCAUCUGCACACUGCACACUGUCGCCGACACUACCCGAGAGAUCCUCCAUUCGACGUUCGAUGCCAAUGUCUAUGGUCCGAUGCUACUUACCAAUGCUGUUGCGCCUCUGUUGAAGAAAUCGAAGGAUCCACGAAUCAUCAAUGUUUCAUCUACCAUGGGAAGCAUCACUCUGCGUAGUGAUCAUACCGAUCCGCUCAGCGCCAACAACUUGGCCGAGGCGUAUCGCAUGAGCAAAGCGGCGCUCAACAUGCUGACUGCGACUUUAAAUUUUGAAUUCAAGGACUGGCCAACCCCUUGCAAAGUCUGGAGUUUUUGCCCUGGUUUCGUUGUCACGGAUUUGGGGGCUAGGGAUGAUGGAACGGGGAGUAGGGAGUGGAAGAAGAACAACGGCGCCGAGAACCCCGAGACGAGCGCAGAAGGAAUCCGACAGAUUGUGGACGGGGAGAGGGACGGUGAGGUCGGAAAGUUCGUUCAAAGAUUUGGCAAGCAGGGCCCUUGGUAGGGGGUGACCCAGCGCUCCCAACAGUCAGCUCUUCCGUAACUAGUAACUUGAAUUACCGAGCUACGAUAGAGGGUUGCUACAGUUCCUGCCUGUACUAUAUACAGAAUUAGCAACUACGGCCUAUAACAGCAGCGGCUUAAGCCUAAAAGUUAAAGCUACUGUACGGCGAGAUUACGGAGGAACUGUUAGCUAUGUACGGUAGUAAAUUAGUACUGUUAGGUAGCACUACUACUACAAGCUAGCUACAACACUAAGCCUCUAGCUAAUUAGCAGCUACGGCAGCUACGGGAGCCUACCUACAGCUACUAACUGUAUUACCUACGGCAGAGCCUAUAGGCAGCUCUUGACUGCUUACCUUAGCCGUAACCCGUAGCG